CUGUGUGAUAUGACCCUGACAAGAGGAUCCUUCACCUAUUCCAACGGUGAAGAGUACCAUGGGGAGUGGAGGGAAGGUCUGAGACAUGGUCUAGGCCAGCUGACGUUAAGUGAUGGGACGUGUUACACGGGUCAGUUCGAGAACGGACUCUUCAACGGCUUUGGGAUGCUGGUCUUCCCUGAUGGAUCCAGGUACGAAGGAGAGUUCAUUCAGGGGAAGUUCCAAGGCGCAGGCGUCUUCAGUCGUUUUGACGGGAUGAAGUUCGAAGGAGAGUUCAAGAGUGGAUGUGUGCAGGGAUACGGUAUGCUGACAUUCGCUGACGGAGGUCCGGAAAGAGGGGGAGGAGGAAGAGGAGGAGGAAGAGGAGGGACGAGCCACGAGGGUCUGUUUGAGAGAGGCCAGCUGGUGGGCAGAGAGGGGUGCCAGGGCACGGUGCAGCGGGCACAGGGGGCAGCCGCCAAGGCACGGGCGCUCUCCAUGUGACCUGCAGCUAGGGUGCGCUACUCAGGGAGCACUUCACUAUCAUACUCACACCCUUCUUUUUCUUCAUUCAUCUCAUUCUGUUCUCUGUCUUUACGGUUAUACUCCUCUGUACACAGUGUACAAAACAUUAAGAACACCUUUGCUCUCAGAACAGCCUCAAUUCGUCGGGGACCUGGAUUCUACAAGGUGUCGAAAGCGUUCCACAGGGAUGCUGGCCCAUGUUGACUCCAAAUGCUUCCCAUAGUUGUGUCAAGUUGACUGGAUGUCCUUCGGGUGGUGGACCAUUCUUGAUACACACAGGAAACUGUUGAGCGUGAAAAACCCAGAAGCGAUGCAGUUCUUGACACACGCAAACCGGUGCGCCUAGCAGACUCCGACUUUUGAUUGUCUCUAUUAAAAAAAGGAGGAUCCCAUCAGCUAUCUGUAGGCUAACUAUAUUUAUUUCUCAACUCUCCUAAUAUUAAGCAUAUUGCUUCGCUUUACAAUCGGAGUAGCCUACCUGGCUGGCAUGAAAAUGAACCGCGGGAAAAGUGCCUUCCGUUUGCUAUUCAAGUGCAUAUGGCUGACAUGUAUAUGAUAAUGGCCCAUUCUAAACCAAAACUAAUCUCACACAAAAAUGAUUUAGCAUAUGUAAAGACAAGAUUAAAUUGAGAAUAGUCUGAUGGGUGACAAUAUUAUCCCUUAUGAAUGAUGCCCAGUGUGUGCAAUCUAAGGCAAGAAACAGCACAUGCAUUUUUUGGGGGACUUUUAUUAGAUCCUAGUGGCAUGCAUCGUGUGGUCUAGCCCAUAGGCCUAUAUGUUUUGAUAAGGUUUAUUAGAUCCUAGUGGCAUGCAUCGUGUGGUCUAGCCCAUAGGCCUAUAUGUUUUGAUAAGGUUUAUUAGAUCCUAGUGGCAUGCAUCGUGUGGUCUAGCCCAUAGGCCUAUAUGUUUUGAUAAGGUUUAUUAGAUCCUAGUGGCAUGCAUCGUGUGGUCUAGCCCAUAGGCCUAUAUGUUUUGAUAAGGUUUAUUAGAUCCUAGUGGCAUGCAUCGUGUGGUCUAGCCCAUAGGCCUAUAUGUUUUGAUAAGGUUUAUUAGAUCCUAGUGGCAUGCAUCGUGUGGUCUAGCCCAUAGGCCUAUAUGUUUUGAUAAGGUUUGUAAUCACAACUAAAGUGGCCAAAUAACUCCAAACGUAGCCUCUAAGCCCAAGACCCCUGGAACAUGGUUGUAGUGUCCAUAGCCUACAGAGCCUAGUGAAACCUUUUCUUAUAAGCCAUCAUUGUGCAAUCGCGUGUGAAAACAGUUUUGACUGGACACUAUUUAAAAGAAGAUCCCAGCUUUCUCUUACUGCUAUAUUUAUUGCUUAAUUAAGUUAAUUAAUCCGCUUUUAAAUGGUGUACCCUACUUGGCAUUUUAAAAACGUAACCUCACGAAACCUACGGAUGACAUGUUUUUUAUGUUUAUUAACACAUAUAUUCAUAGGUUAUAUGUAAAGGCCAGAUUAAAUUGAGAAUAGUCUAAUGGGUGAGAAUAUUAUCAAGCGCUUGUCAAAUUGUGAAUGAGAGACUGAUGAAGUGUGAGCAGCCUGCGCAAGUCUUUCAUUCAACUUUUUUCAAAUCAUCAUUAGUCGCAUCAUACGGCCUUAGAAUGUAUUAAAAAUCUAAACAUAUAGCCCAACGUUUGUAUCACAACUAAAGUUGCAUAAAUAACUAAAGUUGCAUAAAUAAAUCAAUUAAGCAUACAUGUUCCUUUGUUAACCGCUCAACACAGAAUAGCCGUAUGUGCGCACUCCCUCAGAAAUCAUUUGGGAAAAAUAUCCUUUCUAUUUUAUUUAGCUGUGUUCAAUUGUAUUGUUCUUCAUGUAAAAUAAUAUAAAAUAAUUCCACGGGAAUUAAAAGCUAAUCCAGUCUGCUAAAUGAACUAAUGUAGCCCACAGCCAUAUGGCAUAGCCAGAUCAGGGCCUUAUCAUAAGGACAACUCAGAGAAUUAUUCAGUUAUUCUGUUCUUCUGAACUAGGCUACAUUUUCUUCAUAUCAAAAUGUUUCUUUAGACCUGCCUAAAAUGAAUAAUAGAUUUAUAGUGAUGGAUUUAUUAGACUUGUUAAAAUGUAGAUGUUCCAAAAGGUCCGCAUCAGUGGCUUGUAGGCUAUGCAUUGAAGUGGCUUGUAGGCUAUGCAUUGAAGUGGCUUGUAGGCUAUGCAUUGAAGUGGCUUGUAGGCUAUGCAUUGAAGUGGCUUGUAGGCUAUGCAUUGAAGUGGCUUGUAGGCUAUGCAUUGAAGUGGCUUGUAGGCUAUGCAUUGAAGUGGCUUGUAGGCUAUGCAUUGAAGUGGCUUGUAGGCUAUGCAUUGAAGUGGCUUGUAGGCUAUGCAUUGAAGUGGCUUGUAGGCUAUGCAUUGAAGUGGCUUGUAGGCUAUGCAUUGAAGUGGCUUGUAGGCUAUGUAUUGAAGUGGCUUGUAGGCUAUGCAUUGAAGUGGCUUGUAGGCUAUGCAUUGAAGUGGCUUGUAGGCUAUGCAUUGAAGUGGCUUGUAGGCUAUGCAUUGAAGUGGCUUGUAGGCUAUGCAUUGAAGUGGCUUGUAGGCUAUGCAUUGAAGUGGCUUGUAGGCUAUGCAUUGAAGUGGCUUGUAGGCUAUGCAUUGAAGUGGCUUGUAGGCUAUGCAUUGAAGUGGCUUGUAGGCUAUGCAUUGAAGUGGCUUGUAGGCUAUGCAUUGAAGUGGCUUGUAGGCUAUGCAUUGAAGUGGCUUGUAGGCUAUGCAUUGAAGUGGCUUGUAGGCUAUGCAUUGAAGUGGCUUGUAGGCUAUGCAUUGAAGUGGCUUGUAGGCUAUGCAUUGAAGUGGCUUGUAGGCUAUGCAUUGAAGUGGCUUGUAGGCUAUGCAUUGAAGUGGCUUGUAGGCUAUGCAUUGAAGUGGCUUGUAGGCUAUGCAUUGAAGUGGCUUGUAGGCUAUGCAUUGAAGUGGCUUGUAGGCUAUGCAUUGAAGUGGCUUGUAGGCUAUGCAUUGAAGUGGCUUGUAGGCUAUGUAUUGAAGUGGCUUGUAGGCUAUGCAUUGAAGUGGCUUGUAGGCUAUGCAUUGAAGUGGCUUGUAGGCUAUGUAUUGAAGUGGCUUGUAGGCUAUGCAUUGAAGUGGCUUGUAGGCUAUGCAUUGAAGUGGCUUGUAGGCUAUGCAUUGAAGUGGCUUGUAGGCUAUGCAUUGAAGUGGCUUGUAGGCUAUGCAUUGAAGUGGCUUGUAGGCUAUGCAUUGAAGUGGCUUGUAGGAUAUGCAUUGAAGUGGCUUGUAGGCUAUGCAUUGAAGUGGCUUGUAGGCUAUGCAUUGAAGUGGCUUGUAGGCUAUGCAUUGAAGUGGCUUGUAGGCUAUGCAUUGAAGUGGCUUGUAGGCUAUGCAUUGAAGUGGCUUGUAGGCUAUGCAUUGAAGUGGCUUGUAGGCUAUGUAUUGAAGUGGCUUGUAGGCUAUGCAUUGAAGUGGCUUGUAGGCUAUGCAUUGAAGUGGCUUGUAGGCUAUGCAUUGAAGUGGCUUGUAGGCUAUGCAUUGAAGUGGCUUGUAGGCUAUGCAUUGAAGUGGCUUGUAGGCUAUGCAUUGAAGUGGCUUGUAGGCUAUGCAUUGAAGUGGCUUGUAGGCUAUGCAUUGAAGUGGCUUGUAGGCUAUGCAUUGAAGCCGGAGAUGCUAAACAUGUUUAUGCUAAUUAGCGGUCAAUUACCGUGAGAUCGGCAGUUAUUUGCAUGACAAUCACCAGCUGACAAAAUGUGAUGACCGCCACAGCCCUAUGUACACUCAGUGUAUAUUCCCUUCUUUUGUUUCUCUCUCUUUUCUUUGUCUAUCUUGAUCUGUGUGUUUUUCUCACCCCUCUUUGUAUCCACAUCUUUCUCUAUCCAUGUCUUUCUAUUCAUCUCUACCUCUAUCAUGUGUUUUCCGCUCUGGUUGUGCUUGCUUGGUGCGCUACAUGUCAGUAGACUUUACCCUCUACAUCACAGUCAUCCAACGAGCUACUGAAUCUGAUCCAGGAUCUGCUGAGCCAGAACCCACACCUCCUCCUCGUUCCUAACCAUUCAUUCAACAUACGGUGCUACCUACCUACUGCUAAAUAUGUUCCCAGAUCAGCUCUAACCGACACCAACCGCAACUACUCAGGAGUUGAAACUACUGUCCAAGCAGGCAGAGACCAUAUUUGGAUCUGUCACAUUUCCACCACAGGGUUUUACACCAGUGCUUGGCCUAAAGACUCAGACUUUACACCGGUGUCCCUGUGGAAAAGCAUUAGAGGCUAGAGACUCAGUAUUAGAGACCAGAGACUCAGUAUUAGAGACCAGAGUCUCAGUAUUAGAGACCAGAGUCUCAGUAUUAGAGGCCAGAGACUCAGUAUUAGAGGCCAGAGACUCAGUAUUAGAGGCCAGCAUUAGAAUAAUUCGUACUCUGUGCCACGUAACAUGGCUCAAUCUGUUCUGGGGUCAGCUGACUGAAACGCCAUUAUCUUAAUGCCAACCAACCAUACUGUGCCAAGAGACUGGAGCAGGACCUGGAGCUGAUUCCAGAUCAGUGGUUCUCAAUAGAUGCCUCGCUAGGGACUGGAGUAUUCCCCUGGUAGCAAGCAGGACAGAAGAUUUUCCCUGAUCAUGUGAUCUGCCCAGGACAAAAACUCCAGGUUUUAAUUAAUGUUGUCUAUGCCCUAAGUUCUUACUGAUCCGGUCACAUGGUUAGGGAAAGCUCCUGUCCCUCGUUAUAGCUACUGUGUUGUGAGGUUGGGAAGGACUAUUGAUGUGUAGGUAGGGAUGAUGGUAGGGGGGUAUUUUCAUUGGGUGGUAAGGGAUGGUGGCCAUAUUGGCACAAAUGACAAGUGUGUCUGCAUUAAGAUGAUACUAGUGCAAUUUGAUAAAGAUAUUUAGCUAUUUAACUUUGGGGUGCAAUCGUCCUUAAAUAAGGGUUUAGAUAGAGAGAAGACUAAACUACUGCUGUGUCUGUCAUAGGGUUAUGGGCCCUGGUCAAAUGUAGUGCACUAUAUAGGGAAUAGAGUGCCAUUUGGGACAUGCCAUCGUGAAGUGGAGCACUAGUUUUGAUUUGUCAACAACUUCAUCACACAGAAGAAAACCACCAUUACAGGAACACACAGAUUAACUUCCUGUAUAGCUGUUCCCUUCCUGUAUCUGAAAAAUAUGUCAUCUAUUUUUUACGAUAAAUAAGACUAAAUGUUUAA